AGGAACGCGAGGAUUAUCCCGCUACGUAAACUAGGAAAGCUAGACUAUACUAUACCGAAGGCCUUUCGCCUUAUAUCCCUACUAGCUAUAAUUAGUAAAGGAUUAGAGGCCGUAGUAGCUAAUAGGCUAUUAUAUAUAGCCGAACACUACUCCCUCCUUCCGGUUAACUACUUUAGUACUAGGAAGAAGAGAUCGUAUAAGUAG